AUGGCGAAGGAAGCUAGAUUCUACCCAUACACCUCCAACGGCGGCGCCACGCUGGGCAUCUCAGGCCCCGACUUCGCCAUCCUCGCCGGCGACACCCGCUCCACCGCCGGCUACAACAUCAACACGCGCCACGAGCCAAAGGUCUUCACAAUCCAGGACUGCGGCGACCGCUCCAUCGUCAUCGCCGUCAUCGGUUUCGCUGCGGACGGGCACGCGCUAAAGGAGAAACUCGAGAAUGUCGCAGCGAUGUACAAGUACCAGCACGGCAAGAACAUCGGUCUACGGGCGUGCGCACAGCGCGUAUCCACCCUCCUCUACGAGAAACGCUUUUUCCCAUACCAGCUACAGACGAUGGUGGCGGGGAUUGAUGCGGACGGGGAGGGGGCGAUGUACUUCUUCGACCCGGCUGGAUGCCUCGAGAAACGGAGUCACGGCGCCGCCGGUGGAGCGAGUAGUCUGAUGCUGCCGUUCCUGGAUAGCCAGGUGUCCCGGCUGCAGCCGCUGAGUCGCGAGGUUGCUGAGCAGCUGGUGCGGGAUGCGUAUGCCAGCGCCACGGAGCGGCAUAUUGAGGUUGGCGAUGCCCUGCAGAUGCUCAUUGUGACCAAGGAUGGGGUCACCGAGCGGCUGUUUGAUUUGAAGAAGGAUUAG